GUUUCGGUGUGACGGACUCAACCCACGGCUAUCGCUGAAGCAGCAUAUCAAACGAAACAAUGUUGACUAUACCGUUGUUAGUAACUUGCAUCACCGUAAUGGUGAACGCUGUUGGCGCGUCUCCCGUCUUUAGUAAUGGCGGACGAGCGUACGCGGCCGUCAACUUCGGACAGGGCAUCAACCGAGGCGUCGCCAACCCGGCCGUCUACCGUCAGACCCUGCAGAUAGCGCCCGUGGGCGUGGCUGUUGCGCCAGCAGUGGCCGCGACGGUGGCGCCAUCCGACACGAUCACGUACAGGCGACCGGCGACCCAUAAGCCGUUUGCAAACUUCGCUGCUAAUGCGCAUCAGGCUCGAUCGCUCGAGGAGCAGCGGGAAGCGUCGAAGUCAUUCCAAUACGACAACAAACACAACACGGAAGCUGACUCGACGAGGACUGUACACGGACGGGACCAAUCCGACGACGUCUACACACAUACGUUCCGCAGGGGGCUCGAAUGGGGGAAUCAAGAGGGAGCGAUAUAUCCGGUGAACUCGAUGGGCGACAUCUACUAUCCAUCAAUUGGAUUUUUCGGCCCAGGAGAGGCACCGCUUCGUGGCUAUGGCGUAUUCAGUAAAUAAGACCGAAGACGUUUAGCGAUAACUAUUUCUUCGAUUAUAUUAUUUCGUCGCAUCUAAUUUAUUACAUAUUUUACGUGAAAAUAAACAGGUCAGUGCUGUUUAGAUAUGAAAAUGUCAUCGUAUGCCAUCAACAUUUACACAUCCUCAAUAAAUAAAUGUUUUAUAGUUGCGCUCGUCUCAAGUAUAUAUUAGCUCAGGUUAUUAUAACUCGAAGAGAGCAAGUGUGUAUAUACGUCGAUUUAAAUGUAUUAAAACUUGUAAUAUGGCAAUGA